AUGGAAAAUUAUAAUGAAAUAGGUCAAGAAAACAAAGUAUGGAUAUAUUCCAGAGCAAAUCCAUAUACAAUAGAGUUAUCAAAUAAAUUGGCUGAAAAAAAAGCAAAAGCCUUUUUUAAAGAUUCAAAUAAAUUUGAAUUCGAAAUAGAAAAUGAAGAAAAUAACUUGGAUGCAUUUAUCUUAGGAAAUGUAAUUUCUUAUAAUUCUCAACAAGGAAUAUACGAAUGUGAAUAUAUUGGUGAAUUCCGGUAUGAAAUAGAAAAUAAUAAAAACCAUUUUUAUGUAGACAAAGAAUUUAUAUAUAAGGCAGAUAAUGGAUUUGGCUAUAAAGAUAAUUCACAGUUGAAGAAUUUAAAUAUUGGUAAUGUAAUAAAGAAUAUUCAAGUUUGUUAUGAUAUGUUAAAAGGUAGUAAUGAUAUAAUAGAGAACAAUCAAAAAGAAUCAAUGAAAUUGAAUGGUAUUAGAAGUACCAAUGAUUUACCAAAGUAUCCAAUGUACACUUUUGCAGGAGGAAUACUGAUUGCAGUGAAUCCAUACAAGGAAUACAAUAUUUAUAAUGAUGAAAUAGCACAGGAAUUCAUAGGUAAAAAUAUAAUAAAUAUGGAGCCACAUCCAUUUGCAAUAGCAGAAUGGACAUACAGAAGAAUGCUAAAGGAUAAUAGAUCACAAUCAAUAAUAAUUUCAGGAGAAAGUGGAGCAGGAAAGACAGAAACUUCAAAACAUGUAUUGAAAUAUCUGAGUUAUGUAAGCAAUAGGCAGAGGAUGAGGAAUGGUACCAAUAUGAAUAAUAAAUUUGGAGGAUUGUUUUUAUCAACGAUCGAAAACUGUCUACUUUCUUCAAAUCCAUUAUUGGAAGUAUUUGGGAAUUCAAGAACAAUUAGAAAUUGUAAUUCAUCACGAUUUGGAAAGUAUAUGAAACUUGGUUUUGAUGAUGAUGGAAGAAUAGUUAAUGCAUCCAUAAAUACUUAUUUGUUAGCAAAGUCAAGAGUAGUACAUCUUCCGAAUAACGAAAGAAAUUAUCACAUUUUCUACCAUAUUUUGAAUGAAAUAAACGAAAAGCAGAAGAGUAAAUGGGGUUUAAAAUCUGAAACUUCUCCUCUAGAAUUUAAUUACUUGAAGACUGUGGAUUUAAAAGGAGCCAGACAGAAAAUUGAUACAGACUCAAUAAGAAGUGAAAAUUUGAAAGAAAUUGUCAAAUCUGUUCCAUAUAAUAUGAAGAUAAUAAAUGAUUGCUUUCAAUCUAUUGGAGUUUCUGAGGAAAGUAGAGAUUUGAUAUAUGAUAUGGUAUAUUCAAUUCUAUUGUUAGGAAACAUUGAUUUUAAUCCAGUUGAAAAUAGAGAUGAAGAAGAAUGUGAGCUGACUCAAGAAUCAGUAUCAAUAAUAGACCAAAUAGUACAAAUAUGGAAUUACAAUUAUAAUGCUGAUUCAGAUUUUACUAUGAUAAGUAAUCAAGAAUUAAUUGAGUUAUUGACUACUAAAAGUAUAGUCAAGAUCAAGAAAAGGUUAUCAUAUUCUGAGGCGAUAUAUACUAGGGAUAGUAUUUCUAGAUAUCUUUAUGAAUGGAUUUUUAAUUUAAUUGUAGAACUGAUAAAUAUAGCACUAAAACAAAAUAUAUUUGAUAACAAUGAAAAUUCAGCAAAAUACUCCGAUCAUAAUAAUUCAAUAGGUAUAUUGGAUAUUUUUGGAUUUGAGGAUUUGGAACCAAAUUAUGUGAAUAGCUUUGAACAAUUACUGAUAAAUUACUGUAAUGAGAGAUUACAUAGCUUUUUUUUGGAGCAAUUACUAUAUAGAGAUACAGUACUAUACAAGACAGAGGGAAUAAAUAAUAGCAUUUCAACAACCCCGUCAGCAAAUGUAAUUGAUUUGUUAUUUCAUCAGUCAUUUGUAUGCACAGUAAUGAGUGGUGUAAAUCCAAAAUAUCUCAGUAAUACAGAAAUAGAUGAAAAUGAUCCGAGAAAUAAUGGUAAUACCAAUAAUUGCGCUUCUCACGCAUUUUAUGAAAAGUUCCAGUAUAAUAAUUCAAUAUUGAGUUUACUUCCAUAUAAUAUUAUAUCAAUUUUAGAUGAAACAGGAAAGAUACCAAUGAAAGGAAAUAGAGAUCAUGCAUUUUGUAAUAAGGUUCAUUUACUAAAUAAAUUACAAAACAAUUCAAAUGUCAGAAUGAGUGUGAAUAGGGGAUCAAUAUGCAAUUCAAAGGAUGAAAUGAAUACAUCUGGUAUAAUGAACCAGUUAAAUUAUUUGUCUGAAUCUAUUGGAAAGGUAAUUCAGAUUCAAAAACUCAAUCUUGAGAAGACUUUUACGAUAAAUCAUUUUGCAGGUCCCGUGAAAUAUACAAGUAAUGAGUUUAUAUCAAAAAAUACAGAUUUCUUAUCAACAAAUAUUGAGAAAAUAAUACAUACAAGAAUAAACACGAUUCAGGAAAUAAAUAAGUUUAAGUAUAAUUUAUUGAGUAAAGUGGAUAAUGAUGAAAAAAAUAAACAAUUAAAAGAAGAAGAUGGUAGUAUUAGUCAAGAUAAUACAUUAAUUAACGAUGAGAGUCCACAAUCAGAAACAAGUUUGGUUAGAAAGAGUAUUUUAUCAUUAAAUGGAGUAUCAAAUUUUGUUGAGAAGAAUAGUUUACAAUUAAAUACAUUGACGAAUUUAAUCAAUUCAAAUGCAAACCAGGUACCAACUCCAAUGAAUACUAAUAAGAAUAAGAGUGUUUCAAGCAUGUUUGUAAGACAAGUUCAAAAUAUGUUAGUAAAUGAAUUAUAUCCAACUCAAAGCCAUUUUAUAAGAUGUAUAAAGCCAAAUAAUCAGCAGAUUUCAUUAAAAUUUAAUAGUUUAAAGGUUUAUAAACAGCUUCAAAUUGGUGGAAUUCUUCAAAUUCUUAAUAUUAUGAUUUAUGGUUAUCCUUGUAGAAUUCCUUAUAGUCAGAUUUAUAAUUAUUUUAAACAAAUCAUUGUAAUUAAUACUGAAGUGGACGAUUCUUGCUCAUCAAUGACUGACCCAAAUUUAAUUAAUAAUGAUAUAUUAUCCAAGGCAAAAUUACUAUUAAGAGAUGAAAGACUUUUUGUUUCCUUAUUAUUGGAAUAUAUGGGUUAUAGGGAUAAAAUCGACUAUCAACUUGGAUUAACUCGAGUAUUUUUUAAAUUUAAUGUUUUAGAUAAAGUUGAACAAUUUAUCCAGAAAU